UCUCUUGCUCCCAUCUCCUGCUGCUUUCAGAGACAUGAGCCGCCCGCUUAUGGACCAUAUCGCCAAUAGUUUCCGCGAAGAUGCCCCUCGACCCCCUGUGCCAGGGGAGGAGGGCGAUGCGCCCCGUUACCCCAGCAAAUCCGCAGUGAUGAAACCCCCCAAACCCGCUCCGAUCGGCUCUCCGGGCUCCUCGGCGCGGAGGAACGAGGAUGGUCUCGGGGAGCCGGAGGGAAGCGCCUCCCCGGACUCCCCUCUCUCCCGCUGGACAAAGUCCCUUCACUCCCUGUUGGGAGAUCAGGACGGCGCCCUUCUGUUCAGGACCUUCCUGGAGCGGGAGAAAAGCGCAGACGCCUUGGACUUCUGGUUCGCCUGCAACGGCUUCAGACAAAUGGACUUGAAGGAUACCAAAACGCAUCGGGUCGCCAAAGCGAUCUACAAGCGCUACAUCGAGAACAACAGCGUGGUGGCCAAGCAGCUGAAGCCGGCCACCAAAACCUUCAUCCGGGACAACAUCAAGAAGCAGCACAUCGACUCUGCCAUGUUUGACCAGGCGCAGACGGAGAUCCAGACCAACAUGGAGGAGAACGCCUACCAGGUGUUCCUGACCUCUGACAUUUACCUUGAAUAUGUUCGGACCGGUGGAGAGAACCCGAGUCUCAUCAGCCCGGGGUCUUUGGGCAGCCUGAAAGUUGUUUGUGGAUACCUGCCUACUCUGAAUGAGGAGGAGGAGUGGAACUGUGACUUUAAAGCCAAAGCUCUGGCUGGACUGAAGGGGCAGAGGGUCCCCAUUACGCAGAGGGCCAUGGAGAUGGUGGAGAAGGGAUACAGAUCCUAUAAGAGAGGAGAGCAGAUCAAACCCUACCAUGCGGGCUCCUUCGCCCCUGUCAGCAGCACCAACGACAGCGAGGUUUCCAGCGACGCCUUGACAGAUGACGCCAUGUCUGUGACUGACGGCAGUGUAGAUGGCAUUCCUCCGUAUAAAAUGGGCUCCAAGAAGCAGCUACAGAGAGAGAUGCAGCGAAACAUGAGGAUGAACAGCCAAGUCUCUUUGCCUGCCUUCCCUCGCACAAACCGUCCUCCGAAGGAGAUGGUCCCUCUGGAGCCGGCUCAGUUUGCCGCCCAGCUGAUCUCCCGCCUGGAGAGCUUGAAGAGGAAACAGGACACCUUCAACUGUUUGGAGGAGAGGCUGCAGCAGAUUCAGGAGGAGGAGGAAAGGGAAGAUUCAGAGAUCUCGGUUGCAGCUCCGCAGCUCUCCCCACAUCCUUUAGCCAUCGUCUCUGGCUCCUCUGAGGAGGAUCCUCAGGCCAUCCUGGAUGAGCACCUUUCCCGGGUCCUAAAGACCCCCGGCUGCCAGUCGCCCACCGUCAUCCAGCACUCUCCUCGCUCCAGCUCCCCAGAGAACCGGUCCUACGCCUGUGCAGGCUUUGGAGGCAAAGCCCAUGUGAGAGCUGGACCCACCAGUUCUUCAGCAACUCCAGACCAAGGCACCUUUGCUCUAGCCUUAGGCUCCAACCGGACCCUAGUAAGCAGGCAGAGCACCAAACACAUUCACCACCACUACAUCCACCACCAUGCCAGUCCAAAGUCUAAGGAGCAGAUUGAAAGAGAGGCGGCCCUCAGAGUGCAAGGUGUCUGCUCCAGCGGCAGGUGUCAGUCCUGCCAGGCUUACCCACGCAGCCGCAGUCUGGGCAGAGAGAUGUGUGGCGCCGUCUCAACAGAGAGCAGCACAGGGCGCUCCAGCUCCCUAUCGAGACGCAUCUGUCUCUCAGGUUCUGAGGACGGGGUCGCUGACGGAUGCACAGAGGACUGUGGCAUCCUACAGCUGCCCACAGACACGACAGACCCUACCCAGAACGUGCUUCAGUGGAUCCUGGAGAGUAAACGCCAAAGCAGGCACAAGUCUCACAGUAACCAGAGUGCCAAAAAGUUCGGAGGCUCUUCGACACAGACGCACACGUGGGGCGGCGGAGGAAGCUGUGGCCACCUACGUAACCACCAACCAGCUCAGCCCUUCAUCCAAGACCCCGCUAUGCCCCCUCUGCCUCCUCCCAACACUUUAUCCCAGCUAGAAGAGGCCUGCCGCAGACUGGAGGAGGUGUCCUUCAAGCCCCCCAAACAAAGGCAUUCGUUGCCCAGCGUUCAGCGAGAGAAGACCCACCAAGUUACAGUCCACGCUGGGGGUUCUGCCCUCACCAGUCCCGGCCCCUCUGGCCUGAUAACCACCAGCCCUGGUCUCCAAUCAGAAGAGUGUAAGAAGGGCUUGGGAGGCCACGCAGGGAGCAGCGGAGAGACGGUGGUGACUUAUUUCUUCUGUGGCGAGGAGAUCCCUUACCGGAGAACCAUGAAGAGUCACAGCCUCACCUUGGGUCACUUUAAGGAGCAGCUCCGUAAAAAAGGCAACUAUAGGUACUACUUUAAAAAAGCCAGUGACGAGUUUGAGUGCGGCGCCGUGUUCGAGGAGGUGUCAGACGAUGGCUCCCUGCUGCCCACGUAUGAGGGCAAAAUCCUGGGGAAGGUGGAGCGGAUGGAGUGACUCCUUGCUGCCGUCAGCAACAUGGAAUUAUACUCCUACGGGUUCCUCCUGCCUCUGUGGAUAAUAUCCUCUCAUUAAGAUAAGACUGAAGGACUGAGGAGAAGGAGCACCGAGGGUUCGCCCAUAUGGAUAUAACCGGACUAUCAGAGGAACUCGGCUGGGAUGGAUGAGCAACAUGGAGCGUGCCAUGCUGGACUGAAGUGUUUCUGAAGUUUCUAGAGACUAGGUGAAUGACCACUCAGCAAUGCAGGGCGGUGGGUUUAAUGUGAGACUGAGAACCCAGCUGAAUCCCGCCUGUGCAGAUCACAAGCACUCGCCAGCACAUUACUAAUAUGUAUAUGCAGAUAUACAUGUAUAUUGUAUAGAUAUAGAUAUCUAUUACUAUUUAUUGGAAAUAUCCCAGAGACAUGUUGCUCGGAUUGAUGAGACGUCCAGUUUUCCAAGAUUUCUCCCUUCAGAGCAAAAGGAAAGCCUUUUUUUGAACGCCUCAUGUUUAAAACGCCCUCCUGUGUUCUGGACAGCGAGUUGCUGGAGCUUUGAUCAUGUAUUUACUGCUGCAGAUCUAUCAGUGGAUGAGUUCUCCGUCUGCUCUGAAGGGCUCCUUAAUGACAAAGCUAGCGUAAAUGCUAUUAAUGUUUAAUUCCCUGCUUUGGGACUCUGUCCGGUUAGCCUUGAUCAGUCACGUCUUAGUGCCUUUUGUUGCCGUGGCAAAGGCAUCGCACAAAAAGCCUGCUUGUGUAGAGGAAACUACUCCGAUCGGCUCCUCAAGCCCCCUCCCAACAUGUUUACACCAAUGCUUCCCAACAGAAAGCUCUAAAAUAGGCUCCUUGGUGUGUGUGUGUGUGUGUGUGUGUGUUCUGCACUGUGAGUUGCAGAUGAAGAUGACGGCGGCGGUUAUUUACACUAUGUUCAUGCUGUUUUCAUCGAGUGUACAGUAACUGUGCGUACAUGGGUUGUUGCCAUGUUUCACCCGGUUUUCAGGGUUGGUUUACUCCCUUGGUUUUUACAAGGGGCCUUUUAUGUUUAGAGAAAAAGAGAUUUUUUUUUUUUAAACACCUUUUUAGUAUCCGUUUCAUCACAUCUAUGUUUUCCGAUAUUCUUCAUGGCUUCUUCAGCUCCACGUGUAAAAUGUAAAAAAAAAAAAAAAGAAAAAUACGCGUUUCCAUAGAGCUCCAUUUAAAAGAUGCCUCGGUACUUUAAUUAUUGUAAUUAUAAAGAGAUGUAGCCUUUAUUAAAAUGCUCUAUUUUUCAAAUUA